GCCCCUUUAAGAGACGCGUUUUCCCAUAGGCUCCGUGACGUCAGCGCAGCGCAGGACUCACUCCAGCAGCGGCGUGUCCUCCUCAACAAACGCGAGCGAUGCGCGCACGGGAGAGCCGCACGCCAGGGAAACACGCUCCGCAGACCGCCACCCGCCGAGGAUUAAACCGGGGAACUCUCCAAACCAUGGCCGAGACGGCGAGGAAGUGAAGGCUGACGCAUCGAGCACGGAGCGCGCUCUGAUAUCGCGUUACUAGACGCGCACGAGUAUGCGCGAUCCCAGCUGAUCGAGACUCGAACCCGCAUCGUUUAACCCCACGAACCAUUACUCUACUCCACAGCUGCGCUCGCUCCGAAAACAGCUCAGAUUAGCUCAUUAGACCGGCGGGCGAGCUCGGUGAUGAUGGCGGGGAAGCUGACGGCGCAGGGCGCGGGAAUCCUGCUGGUCACCGCCAACGUCGGAUCGCUGUUUGAAGAUCCGAAGAACCUACAGAAGAUGUGGCUGCGGGAGUUUUGUCAGACGGUUCAGACGCACCGGCCGCUCUUCCUCGCUCUUCACUGUCAGGAGGUCGGAGGGAAGAACUACGAGGCGUCUAUGAAACACGUGGACAGCUUCAUCAAAGAGUUGCUGUCCAGUGAUGCCUUGAAGGACUUCAGCCGUGCUCGUGUCUACCUCGACAAGAACUACAAAUCCAAGGAGAAGUUCACAGCACUGGGAUGUUGCUACUUCAUCCACAAAUCCUUGAAAAACAUCCAGCAGUUUGAUUUCAAAGCCAAGAAGUUCAGGAAGGUGGUUGGGAAGGAGGUGUGUUCGGACGCUCUUCAAAACGCAGCUUCGCUGGAGAAAGAGAAGUUUCCUCAGGACUACUUCCCUGAGUGUAAAUGGUCCAGAAAAGGCUUCAUCCGAACCCGAUGGGCGCUGGCUGACUGUGCCUUUGACCUGGUGAACAUCCACCUGUUUCACGACGCGUCUAACCUGGUGGCGUUGGAGAAGAGUCCGUCGGUGUACUCGGGAACACGGCAGAAAGCGCUGGGCUUCGUGCUGGACUGGAUCACGGAUCAGCGCUUCGAGCGGCUGCCGUACUUCAUCUUCGGAGACUUUAACUUCAGGCUGGACUCCAAGCAGGUCAUCGAGAGUCUGUGCUCAAUGGCCAGCAUGCAGACGGUCAAAUCCACUGACACCAAUGAAGUCGACAAGAUCAUCUUCAGAGAGUCAGACAAUGACUGCAAGGUUGUCCUCCAGCUGGAAAAGAAGUUAUUCAGCUACAUUAAUCAGGACGUUUUCCGGGAAAACAAUGGAACACUGCUCUUAGAGUUCGACAGAGAGCUGUCUGUGUUUAAGGAGCGUCUGCAGGAGCUGGACAUCUCGUUUCCUCCGAGCUAUCCGUACAGUGAAGACUCCAGUCAGGGGAAGCAGUACAUGAACACUCGAUGUCCCGCCUGGUGUGACCGCAUCCUCAUGUCCUCCUCGGCCAGAGACCUGCUCGUCAAGCCAGAGAACGAGGAGAAAUCAAUAACUUAUGACACCAUCGGACCCAGCGUGUGUAUGGGAGACCACAAGCCGGUCUUCUUGUUCUUUCGGUUGAACACAGCAGCAGUUAAACCUCACAUGUGUUGUGUCCUGCAGUGAUCUGCAGGAAAAUGGUGCCAAAGGGUGGAGAAGAUUUCAUGAAAAGCGUUCCUGUGAGAAGCUCCGACACGGGUGGAUGGACACACACACACACACACACACACACACACAGAGGACCCUGUAAAGACUUUUCAGCAGGACUGACCAGUCACAUUUGUCCAGUGCAUGCAGUCAUGUCCAUAGAAACCACACACUGAGUUCAUGAAUGCUUCACGAGUCGAGAUCAUGGACACACACACACACACACACACACACGCUGCAUUUCCACUAAAUCAGAUGUUCUUCUGACGUCUGUCAGCCUUGUUUCUCAAA